AUGGGACCCCUGAUGCUGUUCUCUCUCCUGGCCCCUCGGGGAAAAGAGGGUCCGCUGUCCCGCGCGCGUUCUCCCUAUCCCUCCAGUGAGCUCUCUCCUGGCGAAGAGAGCAAGGGGGUAAUUGGCCGCAAGGGGGUAAUUACAGAUCCCCCUAAAGUCUGCACAAAGGCACCCACGCACAGCAGCACAAAGGCGGGCAGGACACGGGAGGGGGAGGCGGCAGGGGCUGCAGGAGCGGCCCCCAGAGCACGCCACGCCAGCGCCACGCUCAGCGCCCAGGAGCGCGCCUACGUCGCGCAGGUCUGGGACCUAAUAGCCGGCCAGGAGGCGCCCUUCGGGGCGGAGCUCCUGCUCUGGGUCUUCACCAUGUAUCCCAGCACCAAGAUCUACUUCAAGCACCUGGGCGCCUGCCCCGACUAGGUGCAGCUACUGAGCCGCUGACGACGCCUGCUCGCCGCGGUGGGCGUGGCCGUGCAGCCCCUGGACAACCUGCACGCGGCCCUGAGCCCGCUCGCGGCCGUGCAGCACCUGGACAACCUGCGCGCGGCCCUGAGCCCGCUCGCCGACCUGCACGCGCACGUGCUACGCGUGGACCCCUCCAACCUCCCGCUGCUGAUCCAGUGUUUCCAGGUGGGGCUAGCCUCCCACCUGCAGGGCGCGUUCGCCAUGGAGAUGCAGGCGGCGUGGGAUAAGUUCCUGAGGGGCGCGGCGGUGGUGCUGACCGACAAGUACCGCUGA